ACGUAGUCAUAAACUACAUUUACACGACAUCUAACGUCAGUAGUUAAUAGUUAUAACAUGGAAUGCUACAACUUCGGAAUAAAUCAGAAUAAAUCGAACCGUGUAAACGUAUUAAACUUGUGCUCGGUGACAGCGUAGUAAACGCGUGGGUGUUUCGAAUUUGAAUCAGCACGUGGGAGAAACAGGAAAAAACGUGCACUGAUGCCAACGGCGCGCCUACGCGGCUGCGAACCGCGAAGUUCCCAAAUAGUAUAAACAUGGCCUCGCGGUAUAGUCACGGUGUUCAACGGGUUCUGGCAAAAUUGGAGGCCUCGAUAAACUCGGAGAACUAUUAUGAGGCCCAUCAGAUGUACCGAACUUUAUAUUUCAGAUACCUCGGUCAGAGAAAAUACUCGGAGCUCUUGGAAUUGCUCUACAGCGGAUCGAUGCUUCUAUUACAGCACGAACAGCAUGCAAGUGGAGCCGACUUAGGAAUUCUGUUUGUCAAUGUUUUAACACAAUCUGGAACGGUACCUGCUCAAGGCUUCUUCGAAAAGAUCAUGAGCCUGUUUAGUUUGAUGAGCCCUGCAUCUCCAGAAAGGGAGGUGUUUGUGCAGUCGGCACUCAAGUGGAGUAUAAAGGGUACCGAUUACAAAACUGGCCAUCCAGAUUUGCACCAAAAGAUAGCUCAGAUUUUUUGGAGAGAAAAAAAUUAUAUACUGGCAAGGCAGCAUUUUAUAUAUAGUAGAGAUGGUUCUGGAUGUGCUGCGAUGUUGGUCGAACUUCACGAACAACGUGGAUACAUGAAUGAAAUAGAUCUUUUCAUAGCUCAAGCAGUCUUACAGUAUCUUUGUUUACAAAACAAAGCAACGGCACAAGAGGCCUUCAAUUCUUAUACUUCGAGGCAUCCAAAAAUAAAUAGCGGUCCGCCAUACCUUCUUCCUUUAUUAAAUUUUUUGUUUUUCCUACUCAAAAUCAUCGAUAGUGGUAAACUGGCGUAUCCUGUGUUCGCGGUUCUCUGUGAACAGUACCAGAUAUCUUUAAACAGAGAUCCAUGUUAUCGACAGUACUUAGAUAAAAUAGGCCAACUUUUUUUCAAUAUCCCACCUCCGCGUCCACGUAAUCAAGGAUUAUUCGGUUCAUUAUUGCAAUCUUUCUUCAAUGGUCUGGAGGACGACGAUUCGGAUGACGAGCAACGAAAUACAGCUUCAACGUCGCACGCCGCGCAAGAACUUGAUUGAUUAAAGGUGAGGCAACACUGUGCAGUGUGAUGCUGAAUAUCGAACUUUUAUAUAUUAUUCUUCGACCCAAAUACUUUCACUAACUGCACCUGUGUUAACUGACAAUUUCAUAUUGUGGACAUUAUGUUUAUAAAACAAAAAAAAAGCUAAAGGAAUCACUGUCAUUUGAAAAAAUAGUAAUUCCAAACCAUGUAGAACUUUGAAAGUAUGUGGGACGACUUCUUACGGGAAUUUAUCAAAGUUGUAAGUUAUGUAUACUGAAUUCACAAUAGUAGAAUUCAGAUAGGCAUCUUGAUUAUUUUAUACAUAUCUAAUACUUUCUACAACUUUUUUUAGCCAUAUAGAUUUAUGUAUGUGCAAUAAUGAAGUGUAUGAUUUUGAAUAAAAAUCUACAAAUUGAGUAAUUCUUCAAACAUGUAAUUAUCUGUAUGUAAAAAUUUGAAAGAAUAUGAAUUUUCAUUCUAUGUACACUGUUAUGAAUUCAGCAAUUAUACUUAGACUUUGAAUAAAAUCCUUGCCAUUAGCUACGA